CGCGCUUCCCCGCGAAGGUGGACACUCCCAAGCCGCGUUGCAUAGGCGCGCGCAUGCGUGCCCCGACAAGACGAAAUUCGGGUGCGCACACUAUUAAUAAGCAUAUAAUAGUAAAUUCCUCUAUUAAAUAGAGGUAGAAUAAUAUAUAUUUUAAAAAAUUAGUAUGUUAUAUAGAAGUUGAAUAAUAUCACUUAUUAUUGUAAUUAAAUAAAAUAUAUCCAAAAGAAACAUUAAAAAAGAAUUUCUAAUCACUAAUUGUUAUUCUAUAAGCUAUUUCUAUUUUAUUAUUAAAUAAAAUAAUAAGAUGAUUGGGUUGGCUGAAUUAGGAUGUAGCUGCACGGGCUCAGGGAAUGCCACAUAAAAUGCUACCCCGUGACUCUUGCUUCUCCUUACUCGUUUGAACAAUUCUAGGCAGGAUCCCACGCGUUUUCAGAGGCUCCAGGAACGUAAUUAAGUCAUUCUCAUCUAGAAAACUUUCCCUAAGGACGGCGAAGAAUUUUUUUGUCCGUCAUCUGAUCUCAUUGCGUAUUUAUUUCUUUUCUUUGACAAACGAAGCUGAACGUAUAUAUGGGGUUAGCAACCAAUAAUUUCGUAUACAUUAGUCUUUUCAGACCAACAUAUUUCUUGUAUUUUGCCUGCAUAACGAAAUAAAUAGGGAGUUAACAAAUGUGGAUUGAUUCAAGCGGUUCGGUACUUGUUCCCCUUAAAUAAAGUCUCGGGUUCGAGUCUUAUGAAUGGAGAUUAUCCACGCUAGGAGAGAUUUACCUCUUAAUGGACCGACUCGGUUUGAUUGGAUUAAUCAGAGCCCUAUUAGGCUUCCGAAUACCAUGACAAUUCAAUAAGGACUGGUCGCCACAAAAAAAUAUUGGUAUUAAUUAAUUAGUCCUUUUCCGACCAUCAAGACUUAAAGUCUUCCGGGCACAAUAAUAUGAGGAAGUCAAGCCAUGGCAAGAGGGACCGCUAACAACCCCUGCUGCUGGCAAGACGAGUUAUCUGUCUUGGACACAUACUGAGGUGAAAACAAAUUAACGGAACAUGUUAUGCUUCUAUCGAAUAUUAAUGUAAAUUUAGGUUGGCAAAUGUAUGGAUUCAUACAUAUAUCGAUGCAUAAAAAAGAUACUAGCAUAUAAAUGUUCAAAUCAGCCAUUGCUUUUAUUCAAAUUUUUGUCAAAAUUUUAAAGUACUAAAUAAACAAACGUGGACUAGUUCAAAUGGUUUACCCUCCUUCCUCUUAAGUAAGAUCUCGAGUUCAAGUAAAUUGAGAAAAUCCACGAUCAAGAGAGCUAUAGACCGACCUGGCUCGAACAUUAAUUAGUAUGGGUCCAUUGGAUUCCGGAUAUCAGGUGGUGCAAAUAAAAAAAGAAAGUAACAAAUGACAAAUAUAUAAUGGUAGCAUUUAAUUAGUCGUAGUUGAUCAUCCAUCUCCCCACUUUCUUGAUUAAAUUAGCAGUUGCAGGGUAAUUAAAUAAUUAUGUUGGUCCCUUUGCCACAUGUGAGCUUGGUAAAAAGUUUAAGUUAAUUGAAAAUAUAUAAUUUAAUGAUUUAAUCUGACAUAAAAAGAACGCUGGAAUGUAAAAUUAAGAAGCCUUUACGCAGCAAAGCCACCGAACUGCUGCAGAUAUAUAUGAACAUAAUCCGCAGCUCACACGCUCACACAAACAAGAAACAUGCUAAAAUCAAAAGCCCCAUAAUUAAAUCGUCUGUACGUGCUAAAUGGAGUCCUAGCUCCCCCUCCCCCAUGGGUGGAGUCCUGCUGCCACCCUUUGGCUUCUUCAGCGCAUCACCACCAUUGCUCUUGUCGCCUGCUCCGUGUCCGGUGCAAAGUGGACUCAUGGCAAUGAGAACGAUCGCCUUGCUCUACUAGAAUUCAAGGCCAAUAUCAUUGAUCCCCUUGGUGUUUUGAGCUCAUGGAACUCCAGUCACCGCAUCUGUGAGUGGUUUGGAGUUACUUGCGGCCAAAGGCACCGGAGAGUCACGCGGUUAGAAUUGAAUUCCCAAGGCCUGUCCGGGACUAUGUCCCCACAUAUUGGGAACCUGAGCUUCCUGAGGGUCCUGCAUCUCGAGAACAACAGCUUCCAUUCGAGGAUUCCCCUUGAAGUCGGUCGUUUGUCGAGGUUGGGGUACUUUUCCCUCUACAACAACUCACUCCAUGGACCAAUUCCUCCGAGCUUGUCCAGCUGCUCUAAUCUUGUCAGCAUCAUCCUCUUCAAUAACAAACUCCAAGGGCAGCUACCUGUAGAUCUUGGUUUCCUCUCAAAGCUCAAACGGCUUUCAUUGGGGCUUAAUGAGUUGAAUGGGGUAAUCCCAGCUUCAAUUGGAAACUUGACAUCUCUAGUGUACCUUUUUAUGCAAGAAAACAAGCCUGGGGGUAGGAUUCCAUAUACUCUGAGCAACUUGAGAAACUUAAAAGAGCUUGCUCUUUGGGGUAAUAAUUUCGUUGGAAACUUCCCUUCGUCAAUCACCAACAUUUCUUCCAUGGAAUAUCUUGAUUUAUCCAAUAACCAAUUAGUGGGUACCUUGCCGUUGGACUUGGGCAUCACUCUUCCAAUUCUCCAAGAUCUUGAUAUUAGCCAAAACCAAUUCUUCGGACCUAUCCCCAAAUCGAUAUCCAACAUGUCCCAACUAUCUAGAUUUGUAAUUCAGUACAAUAAUUUCACAGGGGAUGUUCCAUCUUUCCAGCAGAUGAGUAACCUCUCCUGGCUCAGCAUGGCUGUUAACUAUCUGGGAACUGAGCAAGCUAACGACCUCAACUUCCUCUGCUCAUUGGCAAAUUCCACAACUCUCCAGUGGUUAGAUAUAAGUGAGAACAAUUUCGGAGGGACAAUCCCCAAAUGUAUCGGUAACAUGUCCAACACCCUUCAUGUUUCCUCAUCGCAUGCCAAUGCUUUAUCUGGGCCCUUUCCGAGUAGUCUCUGGGAUCUCAUAGAUCUGGAGGUUUUGUCCAUAUCUUCCAACAGUUUUUCAGGUAUCAUUCCUCCCGAAAUUGGAAGUCUUAACAAGAUAAAGGCAUUGUUUCUGGGAAUCUGUGAGUUCACAGGAGAGAUCCCGCACUCUCUCGGAAAUUUGACGGUGAUGACUACCCUGUCCUUACGGGGAAAUAAUCUUACAGGCACCAUACCUUCCUCUUUGGGCAAGUGUCAGAGCUUAUUAUUGCUAGAUAUUGCAGAGAACAAGCUUGCUGGUGCCAUACCCCCUGAGAUUAUGAGCCUCUCUUCUCUAUCAAUCUAUGCCGACUUCUCAGAAAACAAUUUGUCCGGAGAGCUUCCGUUGGAAAUUGGGAAUCUGAAAAAUCUUGGUGAUUUACGCCUCAACGGGAACAAGUUGUCGGGAGAAAUUCCGAGCAGUCUGGGUAGUUGUAUGUCACUGAUGUUCUUGUACAUGCAGGAUAACAUGUUUACAGGUCCCAUCCCUUCAACUCUGAGUUCAUUGAAAGGGAUUGAAGUAUUGAACCUCUCCCACAACAGGCUCUCCGGUCAAAUUCCUGAGUUCUUGAAGGACCUCAAUCUUUCAAUUUUAGAUCUGUCUUUCAAUAACUUUCAGGGCAAGUUGCCAAAGGAAGGAGUUUUUGCAAAUACAAGUGCAACCUCGGUUCUGGGAAAUAAGGAACUUUGUGGGGGUCUACCGGAAUAUCGGCUGCCCAAAUGUGAGUCAACCGGUAAAUCAACUAAUGGUAGAGUGAGAACUGCUUCUAUCUGCACGGUGUCAGGGAUUUUGGCAACAACUUUGGUGCUCUUAUUACUUUAUUUUCUCUGGCAUAGGAAACAGAGGAAAACCGUUGCUUCUAGUGCUUCAAAAGAUGGAUUUCUCAAGGUUUCUUAUCGAGACUUGCUGAAAGCGACUGAUGGGUUUUCCUCUGCCAAUCUAAUUGGAACCGGUAGCUUUGGAUCUGUGUUCAGAGGGGUUCUUGGUCUAGAGCAGACGGCCAUUGCAGUGAAAGUGCUAAAUCUUGAUCGUCACGGAGCAUCGAAGAGCUUCAUUGCCGAGUGUGAGGCCUUAAGGAACAUCAGGCAUCGUAAUCUUGUUAAGGUACUCACAGCAUGUUCGGGCUCCGAUUACCUGGGCAAUGACUUCAAGGCCUUGGUAUAUGAGUUUAUGGUCAACGGGAGCUUAGAUGAGUGGUUACAUCCACCAGUCAGGACCAGUGGAGAGCGAGAGGACAUACCACGGCAAUUAGGUCUUGUCCAGAGAGUGAAUAUUGCCGCAGAUGUUGCUUGUGCUUUAGAUUAUCUGCAUCAUCAGUGUGAAACACCCAUAGUGCACUGUGAUCUAAAGCCGAGCAACAUCCUCAUUGAUGGUGAAAUGACUGGGCAUGUGGGUGAUUUUGGGCUGGUCAGGUUCAUGCCAGAAGCCACCAGGGAGCUGAUUUCUGAUCAAACAAGCUCUAUAGGAGUAAAAGGAUCUCUCGGCUAUAUCGCACCCGAGUAUGGAGCGGGAGCUGAGGUGUCAAUUAAUGGAGACGUGUACAGCUACGGCAUCCUUGUACUGGAGAUGUUCACAGGGAAGAGGCCCACCGAUAACAUGUUUGGUGAUGGACUGAACCUUCAUUCCUUUGCUAAGGCAGCUUUACCGGAGCAGGUUCUGCAGAUUAUUGAUCCUGUCCUGCUUGGGGAGAGCCAAAACAAGGACGACAGUCGAGGCAUCAGGAGAAGCCAGAGGAGCCACGAGAGGCUCCUUAAGAUUCAAGAGUGUUUGGUUUCAAUCGUGGAAAUAGGAGUGGUCUGCUCUUCUGAAGUUCUGAGAGACAGAAUGAGCAUGGGCGAUGUUGCAGCUGCUCUGCAAGCAGUUCGGAAUAAGCUUCUUGGAAGCUGAGGAAAUUGAAGACAGUCAAAAUGGGAGAACGAUUCAUGGCAUUCAAAGUAUUGUGUAGAUGAUAUCUAAAGAAGUGCACCUUCACAUCGCUAGUCCAAUGGCUUUGAUCAGGAGUGAUGUUCUGGUUCUGCAGGUUUUUAUAAUUUCCCAAAUUUGUAUGCAUGAACUCUGUCGCAUUGUUACUUUUUUUACUCUAAUUCCACUCUUGCCUAUGCUUCAUAACUCUUGCAACUUCCUGAACCACAUUGCAAAAUGUUAUUUGCUUGUCCGGGAUUCAA